AAUCGACGAACUGAAACAGUGAAGACUUUUUAAUAUUCAAUUCAUUAAAAUUGAAUCGAUCAUUUGAUAAUUCGAUCGAGCUAGCGAUCUAGUUGAAGGAAUUUUAAUCUCGAUGAUCGUACGAUCAGGUGCCAUCAACCUGUCCUCAAUGUCAUCAACGAGCCUUGCCCCCCAUACACGUCCAUAAAUGAUUUGAAAAAUUCAUGACAGCCACUGGAGAUGGACAUUAUUCUCAAACAACCAACAAUACUGUGGUCCAUGGCCCAGUUUACAUACCCUUUUUGCCAACUGCUUCACUAUUAAUUCACUAUAAAAGCCCCGGUGCAUCAGGAUUGCGUUACUCAGUUCAUUUCACUCACCGAUAAACGUCACAACCGAUUUUUCGAAAAUCCUGUCGACUAAAAUGUGAAUCGAUUUCAUGUGCAUUGUGAUAUCAUUUUCACUGACUGUCCUAAUCAUCAUAGUGAUCAUCCUCGUCAUUAUUUACCAGCCACUCUUCAUCUGGGAGUACCGAGAACACAGAGAUCGGUAUUGAUCUGAUUAUGAUCUCAGGUAUUGACGAAAUCGGCGCAGCAUAAAACCCCAAAAUGGAAUCGAUUAUUAUCAAGAUCUUGGUGCUGUGUAUCUUGACAGCAUCGAACGUGUCAGGUGGUGACGAUCUCCUGGACGCGUCCCAAAUCCUCUGGACAAAAUUGCUGAACGGAAGUCUCGUAGAAAUCGGCCCUCUCGAUCCUCUCCUGGUACCACUGGUGAAGGUCGAUCAAUCUCAAGGCCACAUUCGCUACCGAAUGAUCCUGAGUGAUGUGGAGGUCAGUGGUUUGAAUGAGUCCACCAUCGAGAGUGUGGAGAUCGGUAGAGGAAGGAUGAAGAGUAAUUUGAGUGAGUACGAGGCCGGCUACGUCAGCUACUCCGACGCCGGGAAAUUGGACGCCAUCAGAUACCGAUUUCACACAGUAACGAAGGAGCCAAAGACCCGAGACUCUGAGGAAUUGAAAGUCAAGUCAAUGGAGGGAAGCGAAGCUGAUCGACGAAAUGACUUUGAUAAAUUCAAGGGAAGUGAUUUUAGGAGAGUUAAUGGAGAUGAUAAUGAGAAUAAUCAACAACAGUUUUCACGGAUUCGUAUUUACGCCGAUGAAUCGCGUGCUCCGAUUCAAGGACGACGGAGGUAUCAGUCAGGACCGGUAUAUUAUCCUUCAGGAAGUUAUCCGAGUCAGACUCAGGGGCAGAGGUUCAGUCAAAAUUACCAAAAUCAGAGGGAAUCGGUUUACAACAGCAAUGGGAGCCCUCAGUUUGAGAACCUGAAAGAGUCCACUCCUCAACAGUAUGAUCAGACUCGAGACAAUCAGAGACGGUAUCAACAGUAUCAGGCGCGUCAGCCAUAUCGAAGUAGCCAGCGUGUUUCGGCGGCUCAGGAAGACCAGCCUCAGAGACAGUUUGCUGAAGAAACCAGAUAUUAUCAGAGAUUUUCUGCUACUCCAGACAAUCAGAGGGAGUAUGCUGAAGCCACUCGUAAUCAGGGACAGUUUUCAAGACUCCAGACUGGUCAACAAAGAUAUGAGGAUCAGUCAUCUCGUCAACGAGCUGGGGUUACAAGUUCUAGAGUAAGUUCAUCAAGUUAUUCAGAUCGAAAUCGCCAAACUGACGAACCUGAUGGUCCAGCCUGUGCGGAAUCUCAGCUCGGUUGUGGUUAUCGGGGACCCCAGACUGCUGGAUCAGCGCAAUUUAAUUCAGAAAGAGGUGACAGCAGGUUUAAAGAAAAUGUUGGAGCUGAAUCGAUGACAUUGGAGACGAGGACAAGAUUCAGAGCUGGAGAUGAAAAUAGAGCGCGAGUCAGAUAUCCAGGUUUCAAUAAGGGUGUUUAUGCCAGAGUUCCGAGUAAUAAGGGUCAGAGCCGACCUGAAGGAGAGGGUGAGGAUGAAGAGUUUUCUGGAAGACUGGAAAAUCAACCCGGUUACAUUGACAUAAUUUAUGUGGACAAUAAUAACCGUAACGAUAAGAAUGAAAAGAAUAGGAUGAGACAUUUCGGAAAUUUGAGGAUCGAUAGCACGAAAGAUAUGACUGUCUACAGUUUCGAAGAUGCUGUCAGGGAUCUAGAAAAUCACCGAAGGUUCAUAAUCCACAACUUCACCGAAGGUGAGUCAUUAUUGAAGAAAAAUGAUCGGGUUAGACUCGCCGAGGAGACGAGGAGAAUCGAGGAUUUAAUAAGAUACGCCAAGAAUCACCAGGAGCAGGAGGGGUACUUCGAGGAGGGUCUGGAGAUUAUUUACCACUACCCAAGUGACGAUAAUAAUAAUUCCAGUGCAAUCGAAAAUAAAAGAUCGAAACGAGCGCACGAGGAAGAGGAUGAUGACGAUGACAUUAUGCACCUGGUGGUGAAGAUACGCGUGCCCUCGAUGCGUGUUAAAGCGGGAUAUGUUCUGAUGGGAAAAGUUGGAGAGCAAGUUUUACGAGGAGACGGUCGACUGGAUGGAAACUUCACUGAACUCAUUGGAGACUUUACGGUUGAACUGAAGAGAACUGGGGACGAUACGAUGAUUGUGAGAGCCGCGAGAGCGAAACUCGAAGCUGCUGAUAAGAAUAUUGAUCUUGAGGGGAUGGACGAUAAAGGAGCUGUAGAAGAAAUCCUGAAUCAAGGUUUAGUUGCUGCUGAGGCUGUUGCAGCUAUGCUUGCUGAUGACUUGGCUACGAAGGCACUCAAUGAUAAAACUACGGAUUCGAUUAUUUAUAAAUUGUAUCGGGAUUUGCCGGAGUAAUUUCACGCGUCAGUCACUCUCUUGCUUUCUUAUUUUCUUUAUUAUUUAUUUAUUUAUUUAUAUAUUUAUUCUAAACUAGGAUAUUCAACUGCAGAUUAUAAUUCUACAAUAAUUUAUAUGUUUACUAAUGAAUUUUCUUCCUCUUUUAUCCAAUGAGAAAAUUAAAAUAUAUGUUUUAUUAAUUUAUACAUUUUGUAAUACUGCGAAAAGUGACCUUUGAAAUAAAUGUUAGUUAAUGAAAGGAGAGAUUAUUAUUAAUAAUAAUUCAUGUAGAAAUAUGAAAUAUGAAGAAUGAAAGUUUUACUGCA